AUGCUUUGCAGUGGCGAUAUUGGUUUUGGUUAUGAUGACUAUGUUACGGUUAUGGCCCUAAAUCAUCUUCUACGUUACUUCUUGCUUUUGUCUACUAUUCACCUUUCAAACAGUUCUUGCUCAUCAGGAAUAUGCGAGAGAAUGUCUUUUUUGCGAAAUGUUGGCAACAAACAAAACUCUUUUCUCCAUGGCUACGUAAUUGAGACUAUGAGCUUACCCACCUUGGACGAAUGUUUCCACAUGUGUCUUAGAAAAUGCCAGUGUCUCUCAUUUAACUUUAACGACCUCAACAAAACCCAAAAUUGCGAGCUUAACGACGCAACCUUCAAAAUGUAUCCAGAAGCACUGAAAGAAAAGGAAGGCGCAACUUAUUACGAACCUGCCAGGGAAUAUUUAGACAAAAAUGUGAGUAUAUUUUUCAUUUUUUAUCAUGAUCAUGCGCACAAAUGGAAAUCAGAUAUUUUUUGUAGUAGAUAAAUGUUUCACCGCACUUAGUCUACAAAAAAACCGAUUCUGUACUUAAUUAAAACAUAUUCGUACGAGGCAGCUUAUAUGUGGAGUGUAAUUUGUAGGCACCGAAAUUUCUCGAUAGAAACAUUUGAUCAUGUUUAAUUUAACGGCCUUCUUAAUUGCGCAUUGCCUCCUCAAAUUCAAAUAUGUUAAUUCCUUAACAACUUUUGUAUUGUUAAGCCCACUAAUUUUUCUAACAUUUGGGACAAACUGGAGAUCGUGCAUCUUUAAUAGAUGAAAUGGUACAGUGUGCGCAUUAAACAUGUUACUACCAACGACGCGGACGGCAACAAGAACGCCAAAAAAAAUUAUUUUAAAACAAUUGGGUUAAUAAGCAAAACUACAACUUUGCACAUGCAUCACGCUUUUUUGUACAUUUCUCUCCUGUUUUUGCACGACUACGACGUGAAAAUGCCUAAUUUUGCGUUUUAUGGAGGACGUAAACAAGCAACGACGACACUUUCUGAGCUUGGCUAUGGUCCCUUGAAAUUCAGGUUCAGGAGGGUUCGCCUACAUUUGACAGAGUAAGUGGGUAGGAAUAAUCGCUUUAAAGACUAAAGGAACGCAAAUUCACUUUUUAAGCUACGUUCUCGUUGCCGACGCGUCGUUGGAUCUUAAAGUUCCUUCUAUUUAUAUUCGUUGUCUCCGGCAUUUAUAGACGGACGUAUAGCGUUAAGGACGUCCUGUGGGAGAGAAAUACUUGAUCUAUUAGCAAAGGCCUGAAAGUCGAUUAAUCUGAAAUAAUUUUUUCUAGGGAUUUUCUCGUGCAACCUGCUCCAAUCACAACUGUCAUAACAAGUGCUGUGAGUUCAGCCCCUGCCAACACGGAGGAUCGUGCCAUGAAGUGUGUGACGUCACAAAGAGAAGAUUCCACUGCACAUGUCCGCCCGCUUUCAGCGGAUACAAGUGUCAAUACGUGCUUCGGUCAUGUAAAGACGUCAUGAAGUAUAAAGAUGUGAACAUCAAAGGCAUUUACGAAAUUGUGGGGAACAGUAACAAUUCGUUCCCAGUCUACUGCGACUUUGGUUCCGAGCCCGGUAUGGCAUGGACUUUGAUUCAGUCUCAUUCCUUAGGAAAUAAUGGCGCGUUCGUAGGAAAACCAUUUUACCAGCACGACAUGCCCAUCAAUCAGGAUACACUUGAUUGGAGUAGCUACCGUCUCUCGACGUCCCGUAUAAAGUCAAUUCAAAAAGUGUCCACUCACUGGCGAGCCACUUGUAAUUUUAUAACCGAUGGAGUGGACUACCGGGAUUACUGGAGAGUUUCCUUGACUAAUUUGGAUCUUCUUGUGAAGCCUCCAACCCCUGACUUCUGUCUUUUCUCUGAGUUUGUUAACGUGCGUGGAAAUGAGUGCACCAACUGCACGGUUUUAUCUGCGUAUUCUGAUGUCUGGACUCUGCAUAUGGACAGCUGGUUUGGUUCAUCUAAAGGCUGUGAAUUUAAUGGACUGUCAGGGGCAGUGUAUAACGAAGACAACUUCGGAAACUACGAAGCAACUAACCCCGCUUUCCGCUGUACCUCUUCACAAAGUUCGACGAGUCAGAUCUGGCUUGGAAGUUUUUAG